AUGGCGGAGCAGACUGAGAAGGCAUUUCUGAAGCAACCCAAGGUUUUCCUUAGCUCGAAAAAAACUGGCAAGGGAAAGAGGCCUGGAAAGGGAGGAAACCGCUUCUGGAAGAGCAUUGGGUUGGGCUUCAAGACUCCCAGAGAAGCCAUCGAAGGAACAUACAUUGACAAGAAAUGCCCCUUCACCGGCACUGUUUCCAUCAGGGGUCGUAUCAUUGCUGGAACAUGCCACAGUGCCAAGAUGAUGAGAACAAUUGUUGUUCGUCGUAACUAUCUUCACUAUGUGAAGAAAUACCAGAGGUAUGAGAAAAGACACUCUAAUAUCCCCGCUCACGUCUCACCAUGCUUCCGUGUCAAGGAAGGAGAUCACGUUACCAUUGGGCAGUGCAGGCCUCUGUCGAAGACCGUGAGAUUUAAUGUGUUGAAGGUUAUUCCUGCUGGAUCUUCUGGCGGUGGAAAGAAGGCCUUCACUGGAAUGUAA